AUGGUAGCGGCGAACUGUCGCAACAGCUUCCCGGAUCUCAAACUCGCGCUUGUUGUCGGAAUAUGCGGAGGCGUCCCAUUCUACGACAAGGAGAUGCAGGAGAUCAUCCUCGGAGAUGUGACUGUUAGCGAGGACUUUGUGCAAUACGACGUCGGCAGGAGGUAUUCGGACAAGUUUGAGAUAAGGGAGUCCGCAUGGUCCGUUACUGGGAGGCCGCCUCCCGAACCACGAGGGCUAAUCAACAAACUCAAGAGCCCAGUGUACCGCAGGCGGACGCAGGAAAAGACAUGCCUACACCUUCAGACAUUACGUGAGGAACUCGGAUCCGAGGCAGAGCUGCCCGUGGCUCCGGUUGUCCACUUUGGCUAUAUCGUCCGUGCGGACCAGGUCAUGAAGUCGGGGGAGCACCGGGACAACAUUGUAAGGGAGACGGGCGCGAUUGCUUUCGAGAUGGAGGACGCGGGGCCACAAGAACAAAACGUGGCAGACUACGCUGCCGCCACGGCUGCUGCUUACGCCAAAGCGUUGCUACAGGAAUGGUAA